GAUGAAAACCGAAGGAAACUCUGCAAUCAGAGGGAGCAGAAACCCAGAUUGAGGGAAGGACGAGAUUUGCAGUAACGUCUUGUUUAAGAACCUUUAGGUUAGACUGGAUGCCUGUGGAAUAAUCUGUUAACUGGGGUGAAUCCCCUACAUUUGCAUGUGACCAUGGAGGAUUAUGAUUACCUGUUCAAAAUAGUGCUGAUAGGAAAUGCCGGAGUGGGCAAAACUUGUCUCGUCAGACGUUUCACUCAGGGUCUGUUCCCACCCGGCCAAGGUGCCACGAUUGGGGUUGAUUUUAUGAUCAAAACAGUGGAAAUAAAAGGGGUGAAAGUAAAGCUUCAAAUCUGGGACACAGCGGGCCAGGAGAGGUUCCGCUCUAUCACACAGAGUUACUACCGCAGUGCCAAUGCCCUCAUCCUCACAUACGACAUCACCUGCGAGGACUCCUUCCGCUGCCUUCCGGAGUGGCUGAGGGAGAUCGAGCAAUAUGCCAACAACCAAGUUGUGACAAUCUUAGUUGGGAAUAAGAUUGACUUGGCUGAAAAGCGAGAGGUCCACAGACAAAGAGCGGAGGAGUUUGCUGAAGCCCAGAGCAUGCUCUACCUGGAGACAUCCGCCAAAGAAUCCGACAAUGUGGAGAAACUCUUCCUGGACCUGGCCUGUGAAUUGAUUCGUGAAGCCAAGCAGAACACAUUGGACAACAACGAAUCUGCCCCCAUGCCUGGAGAAGGGAAGAACAUCAAUUACUUAAGCUGCUGCAGCAUCAACUAGAGGACUUGGCUGCAAAUCUGGCAAAGGGCUUUGGGCUCUGGCCUCUCCCCACGGAAUACAUAAAGUGGUGGUUAUUCUUGACGUCCUCUGCAUAGUUGCGAUGAUUCCUCUUCGCCACCACAGUUGAGGUUUAGGAUACUUCAUUAACCCUUAUGUGAACCCCUGGGGUAUUUUAAAAACUACUCACUGUACGUAUAGAAUGUCAAGAGGAGAUGAUAUAUGCUGCUGUCACUGAGGGAAACUGAAUGCUCCUAAAUGCUCCUAAAGGCCUUGUUACAGAAUACUGCUAGUUGGAGUACUUAAAGGAAAGCCACAGACCAGACAAUGAGAUUUUAUGCACUUCUGUAAAAUACUAAAGGUGUGUAAGCCAGUGCGUCUGCUAUUUGAGAGAUUUGAAAAAAAUGCAGGUCUUCACCAGCAGGGUUGCCUCAUUCAGAAUCACAAAAAAAAUUACAUCUCAUGUAAUGACAAAUACGACAACAUUGUGUAGUAUUGUAGUGCCCCUUAAUUCAAGUGUUGCUCAUAUUGCACUUCCAAAACAUUGCUAGUAAUGAGCUCAUUUCGUUGUUUUUUCUUGAAGACGAAUACUUUCUUGACAAUUUCUGAAUGUGCCAGAGAGAGACCAUCUUAAACAGUUAGCAGAGGGAAGAUGAAAUGUCUGUGCAUUAUUAUUAUCUAAUUAACACUCUCUGACAUUUUUCUCGAAAUCAGAUCACUUAAAGAGACAUUUUUCUCCUCUUAUUUUUUUUCUCAGCAGCAUAGUUUACAGCUCGUCUUUGGGAUUCUCACUUGUUUUUGAUUUUGUUUGAGUGCUUUAUGUAAAUUGUGAGAGCUUUGCAGGCUAGAAAUUUGCUUCCAACAUACAUCAAACUAAAGUAAUUGUACAGCCACUUGAGUGCAUGAAGUUGCUGAACUUGCAUUAUGUUUCCACAAGCUUAUUUUAGACGCAAGCUGAACGUCAGUGUUUGCUAGAUGCUAGUGCGUUCCUCAGCUUUUCUUUCUGUGCCCAGUGCACUUUAAACAUUUAAGUCAAUUGUGAACACUGUGGAAAUAAGAUUUUUUGCAUUGAUAGAAUCCUUUUAAUUGGAUCUGUGGGAACAUUUUAAUACAGUAGUGUGUAGGUUUUUGGACUUUCUUGCUUUGUUGCUUUGGCUCUAGAUUCCAAAAAGUGGAUUUGAAAAGAAACGAUGAGUAGGAGGUUAAAGUGCAGAUAGUCAUCUGUAACUAAAAGGUGUGAUUCCCCAUAGUGGGUAAGCCUUUUGUUGCUGCAUUUCUAGAUCAUCUACAAAAUGCCUGUCAAAACACCUGUUUGGUUUGAAGUGAUACCUAGGUUAUAGUGACAUUUGCAUUGCUGUUGCUGUCUCUUAAAGAGUACCAAAGUAAUGUCAAUGUCAAGCAAUGUCAAAGUAAGUUAGGCCAGUCUAAAAAAAGUCGAUUAGAAUUAGAAUAAAUCAAUCCAUGACAGCUGAAACAUUGAUUAGUUAAAAUAGAUUUUGUGCAUACUUAAAAAGUAGGUAUGCACUGUUGAGGUAGGCCAAGGACGACCACAGGAGUAGAUGACUAAAAAUAUUUUCAUUGAUUAAGGGGGGGGGGAGCCCUAUUCAGCUUUUGAAUUCUCUCCAGGAUGUAGGCACAGAUGUGUAAAAACUACCAUAAAGAUAAGGAUGCACCAGCAUGACUUGAGCUUGUUCACUGCAAGAUGCAAACAACUGAUAAGCUUCAAAAACAGAAAGCCUAUGCUACAGUUUGCUAAACCUUGCCUGGAACAAAGUCUUAUGGACAGGUGAGACAAAGAUCAUAUUGUACCAGAAUGGUGGGAAGAGGAAAUGGAAUAUGAUACUCAACUAUGAAACAUGGUGGAGGUAGUGUCAUGCUCUGAGCCUGUGUAACUUUUAGUGUAAUAGGUUCAUUUGUCUUUGAGGACAUGGCUGCCAAUGGUGAUGAGAAGAUUAAUUCUGAAAUGUAGAGAAAUAUCCUAACAGCUCAGAUCCAAUUAACUGCCCCACAACUCACUGAAUAGUUUUUCCACUGUGCAGCAGACAUAUUGCUAAGGAGUUCUUAGGAACAAGUAAGUCAGUCACAUGAGCUAAAUACCACUGUGCAUGCAUUUCAUUUACUGAAGGCAACUUGGAAGUUCCUGGAAAACAAGCAGGAACUGAAAGUUAAAGUUAAGCUGAUCUUCUGCACUUUAAAAUCUCAUAGCAUCUGUUUCAUUCAAAAUCCAAAAAGACAAAGCCAAAACGACAACAAUUGAGUGCACUUUGUGUAAAAAAAAAAAAAACAAAGUCCUGCAGUCAUUUUUGAUAUAAUGCAGUACAAACUCAGUGAUCAAACUAGUUUGACACAUCAA